CUUGACUGUGCUAAAUUACUUUUCAUCUUAAACUAUAAUUUUCAUACCAAAAUAUGUCUAAAUCUGUAAAUGUUGCCAUCAUUGGAUCCGGUGUUGUCGGAUCUGCCUUUAUUUCUCAAUUGAAGAACUUGAAGACUUCUGUCGCUUUCAAUGUUGUCUACUUGGCCCGUUCCUCCAAGGAAGCUCUUUUCUCUAAGGAUUAUCAACCAGUUGAUUUGGCUACUUAUAAGACUGCUACUGCCCAACCAGUUUUAAGCUUAGAUGCUUUGACUACAUACUUGACCGCUGCCUCUCGUCCAACUAUUUUAAUUGAUAACACUUCUAACAGCACUCUUGCUGAUUACUACCCAAAGUUUGUCUCUGCUGGAAUUUCCAUUGCUACACCAAACAAGAAGGCUUUCUCAUCCGACUUGAAGACUUGGGAUGCUAUUUUCAAAGCUUCUGCUGCUCCAGGUGGUGGUCUCGUUUACCACGAAGCUACCGUGGGUGCUGGUUUGCCAAUUUUGGGACCAUUACGUGAUCUUGUUACCACCGGUGAUAAGGUUGAUAAGAUUGAAGGUAUCUUCUCUGGUACUCUUUCUUACAUCUUUAAUGAAUUCUCCACUACUGAAGAAUCUAAGGUUAAGUUCUCUGAUGUCGUCACUGUUGCCAAGAACUUGGGUUACACUGAACCAGAUCCUCGUGAUGACUUGAACGGUUUGGACGUUGCUAGAAAAGUUACCAUCUUGGCCAGACUCUCUGGUUUUGAAGUCGAAUCCCCUACUUCAUUCCCAGUUGAAUCCCUUAUUCCUAAGGCUUUGGAGAGCGUUGAAAGUGCUGAUGACUUCUUAGCUCAAUUACCAAACUAUGACGCUGAUAUUCAAAAGGUAAAGGACGAAGCUUUGGCUGAAGGUAAGGUUUUGCGUUUUGUAGGUCUGGUUGAUUUCAAGGCUAACAAGGUUUCUGUUGGUAUUGGUAAGUAUGCUUUUGACCACCCAUUUGCUGCCUUGAAGGGAAGUGACAAUGUUGUUUCUAUCAAGACUGAAAGAUAUCCAAACCCAUUGAUCAUCCAAGGUGCUGGUGCUGGUGCUGAAGUUACCGCUCAUGGUGUUUUGGCCGAUGCUAUUAAGAUUGCUGAAAGAAUCGCUAACUAGAAAGGUCAAAAAAAUAUAAUUAGAGUAAAAUACAUGUAUUGCAGGU